AUGGUGCUGAAGGAAGACGUUCAAACUGGGGAGACCGAACCCCUACCUGCCGCAGCCGGAGGAUCGCUGCCGUCACCACCAUCAGUCCUGCCGAAGCACGUGUCCUCCGUGGACAUGACCUGUGAGGGCUGCUCUGACGCGGUCACUCGUGUCCUCAACAAGCCGGGAGUUCAGGUUGACAUCGACCUGCCCAACAAGAGGGUCUGCGUGGACUCCCAGCACAGCGUAGGCACUCUGCCAGAGACCCUGAAGAAAACAGGGGAAAUUGUGUCCUACCUGGGUCCCCAGUAG